AUGGCUAAUAUCUUGGCGAGUUUCAUUCCAUUUAAACUACUUAAAGACAUUUUGAAGUAUGCAGCAAAUGGAAUCGGAUCAAAUACCGACGAUAAUUUAUGUUCGGUAGAAAAACCGACAUCCUUAGUAAAUAUCGAUAUAUUCUCGUUCUACCCUUUAACCAUAGACGAACCGACAACAGCAGUGAUCGUUUGUUCAUCCCUGUGUCGAUACAAAGAAUCGAACCAGGAACUCUGUAACGGUUUCAAUGUGAGAUUCGACUCGAGGAUGUGCGAGUUAUAUCGCUAUCGACCGCUGAAGCCCGUCGAUUCUACCAGGCAAGUCAUUCUGCCGGCCUAUCCACUGCGAAGUUUGAUUCAUGAACAAUCCUUCAACAAGAGCUGGUCUGAAUUCAAAUCUGGUUUUUCGGUUUCGGGAUUAACGGUUUUAUCGGAUAGCGAGUCAACGAAUACCGUAGCGGAUACAACUAACAGCGGGUACUCUAGCGACAACAAAAAGACUGUCGAUGGGUACUGGCUGGGUAACGAGUUGUUAUACCGACUGACUAAUAAAUAUAGAUGCGGUCUUCAUGUGCUUCUCAACUACUCCAGUUCGGGCGAGCCAGUAGAGUACCUACAUUACGACAAGUUCCUGAUCGAAUCAGAGCUGCAGAAUUACAAAGUGAAAUUGCCGAAUUGCACAGGCGGUGGUAGCAGUCCGAAAUGUGUGGUGGGAUCGACAACUGGGCAGGCUGCAAACUUUUCAACGUUCGACAAAGACAAUGUUCACGUCCUUCCUUCUGCUACUGCUGUCGUUAACUGCCCCUUCGUCUACAGCGCCGGCUGGUGGUACGCGGAUCACCCGGGAAUAUUGGGCAGGUGCGGAUACACCAACUUCAACACACACGAUCCUUAUCUGUUGAUCCAUGAUGGGAUCGAGUCCCACAAAUUGUCCAGUACAGAGAUGUGGAUUGAUUGUGUUGAUGAUGAUGAGCUUUUCCUUUGA